ACUUCUAGAAUAGUCGAAUUUCUAUCCGCAGUUCUGGACAGUAAAGUGUUUUAUUAAGUGAAAAAUUGUGGAAAUAUUUCCAGUUUACAGCUUGUGCUUAACUAGCCGCCGGAUAAAUAAUUGGAUUCUAGCCAAAAGAAGAAUUUUUAGAGCUAUACAUCACAUUUCUGUGCAUUCGUACUUUGCGAUCUCCGUCGAAGAAAGUGCAUCAAGAUGUCCGAAAGCGACUGGGACACUGUGACCGUGUUGCGUAAAAAAGCCCCAAAGGCUUCUACUAUGAAGACUGAAUCUGCUGUGGCUCAAGCGCGUCGUCAGGGUCUUGCAGUCGAAACCAGCCAGAAAUAUAAUGCGGGUACAAACAAGCAACACACUGCGCCGAAAAAUACCGCCAAGCUGGACCGGGAAUCCGAGGAGCUCAAGCAUAAAACGGUGUCGCAUAGUGUCUCCAAGCUGAUCAUGCAGGGUCGUCAGAACAAGGGGCUUAGCCAAAAGGAUUUGGCCACGAAAAUCUGCGAAAAACCCCAAAUCGUCAAUGACUACGAAGCCGGCCGCGGCAUCCCAAAUAACUUGAUUUUGGGCAAGAUCGAACGGGUGAUUGGAAUAAAACUUCGUGGCAAGGAAAUCGGCACUCCGAUGGCGCCUCCCGAAACUAAAUGAUCAGGAAAGAAAGAAAGAGACGCAGAGGAUUAAAGAGAAGCAAGCCGGGAGUAGAAUCAAAAUUGGCACUAAAUGGAAUGAAAAAUGCAGAAAACAGGGAAUUUCUUUAGGCUGCCCAAUUCCCUAGAAGCUGAUGAAAAUUUGCACAAGUUCAAAUUGAAAAUAUAAUGCUGAACCACGAGCAAAAAUGUGCAUUUAAUCAGUAGCUUAACUUUUAUCCAUCAAAGUUUCAACGAUAUGGUUUUAUUGUUUCAUUUUAAUUUUCAUUACCAUAUAAACUAACUUACUACUGAUACACGUAUAGAAUAUGUUUUAAGGAGUUGAAGAGAAUGCAAGCAAAAAAAUAAAAAAAAAUGAAGAAAAAGGGACAACCAACAUUAUCAGAUUCUAUUGAUGAUGGUCAAAUAAAGAAGUAAUAUCUGCAGUUGUAUACACCACUA